AUGGCUUUAUUUUUCUUUACAUCCAUUGCUGCUGCCAUGCUAGACCCUCACCAUGUCGAUAUCUUUGCGGUCUAUCAAAUUGUGAUACAGAAGGAGAAGGACCACAGGAAGGCCCUGGUUAACAAAGUACAAGAAUCGAGGUCGAGAAUACGAUCAACUACAAUCAUCUUGACAGCAAUCGACAAUGAAGAGUGGUCAAUCGUUGUCGAACCAAUAAUGUACUCUGGCACAUGUCACAUACUCUUGUCCAUUGUUACUACCGCCGUCAUGUUACUAGAAACACACGUUGAAGCACUUCAAGCCUAUCAAGCCGUCAUAAACAAGGAUCACAGAAAGACCCUAGACAUUCUCCGGGAGGAUCUGAUUCAUUGCAAGGAUACAUUGCAUGCUGGUCUCUCUGCAACUAAAGUAAAGGCUCCCAAGAGAAAGAACCUGGAAAGACCUACUCUGUCAGAACUGAACCAGAUUCUGGGUGAAAUCACAAGCGAGCGCAAGCCCGAAAGCUUGCUGCAACCGACGAGGGAAGCGACGAGGGAAAGGACAGGAGGGGCGGACAAGCAGACGGCAUACGACAAACGGACGGCAAAGGAGAAAAGUCCCCUACGGCCGACAAGGCAAGAAGGCGAGCGUUUGCCAACAGCAAAUGACGGGGGCAAGCGUGCGAACGACAACGUCGGGGACUCGCUGCUGCGAUCUAAGAAGGAAGAGGUGGAACCUCCGGAAUCAAGGCGGGAGCCCUUGAACGACAAGCACUCAAUGUGGUCAAGGAAACGCAAGCCGACUGCAACUCGAGUCAGCAAGCGACUCUUGAACCGAAGCAAGGACGCCAAGGCGACCAAGGCGACGGCAACGGCAAGCACGGGAGAUGACGAGAGCAUCAAGAUCGGAGACCAAGCAUUGUACAAGGAGGAUGGCACCAAAUAUACGGUUCAAAAAUCCUAUAUCCAUAUUGAAUUGCUAUACACCCUUGCUCAGAUCAAUGAGCACGUCAAGACGCCAGGUCCAAGAGAUCCAGAGAUCCUUGUUGACAAGAGGUCUGGGCACGUCAGCAACAUUUGCGACAUUUUGGAAUCACUUGAAAACCUCAAAGAAACUUGGGUACACAAACAGGUCAUUAACAGUGUCUCUUGGAACAUGUUUGUUCAGUAUGCUCUGGUCAUCCAGCAAUUAGUCAUUCCGUUGAAUCCCGUUGGGGCUUUCAGCAAUCAGCCACCGAUUUUCUUCUCUUUUAUUAAAAACUGGUUUGCAAAUGUUGUUGUGAGAGGCUUGCUUUCAGGUGGUGACCUAGUUCUACACAUUGUGAACAAAACCUACUGUAUUGAGUAUCAACAGGGAGACAUGGUAACCUUUAGAUCAGCCAUUGUCAUGCAUGAGAUCAUGCCUUCUACUGAACACUGCCAAAAACAUUCAAAGCAAGGCGCGACCAAGCAGACCUUUUGGCAAACAAGCUGA